GUUAAUUCUUGUAGUAUAUUUUGAAUGGGAUGAUAAUUUGAGGACAAUGCACAAUUUUCCCAUAAAAUUGGAUUUAUCCAACUUCUUUUGUGAUGAACGUCGGUGCUCGUUGGUGUUAGUUGAUGUAUCAUGGGCUAAUGUUAAGGAUCUGCAAGAUCACAUUCAAAAGUUGUUCAAUUUGCAGAACAUAAGUUUACUGACCAGCGAUGGAUGUUAUGUGCCCCCGAAAGAGUCCAUCAAAGUAAUCGAAUCGACGGAGUCGCUUAAGGCCUUUCAACUAGAUUCAACCGGAAAUUCUAAUGAGGAACUCUCACAUCCGACUGAAAGAAGUAAAAAACGCAAAAAUCGUUCGGCUGAAACAGAAAAUGAGCUGAUAAGCUCCACUCCCAAUCUGCCCAAGCGUUCCAAAUGCAAAAGCAUAACAAGAAAUGAGGUCACCUAUAUGGAGCCUGCCUCAAUCAGAGAUGGUACAGAUGCAGCAGGGAGCGAGGAUCAAUCAAUGCAAGACGAUCAACGGGCCUCAUAUAUUAGCAGUGUUGAUAAUAAUAAAUCAGCAGCCACAGCUGCCACUGAGUCCAGUAUCUCAAAUCAAUCAGAUCGCACUACUAGAAACCUCAGCAGUUUCAACAAAAAAAGCGUUUCAAAUAAUCAUAUUCUAUAUAAGGACGAUGAAGAUGAAGAAAAUGUGCCACCAAAUGGCACAACUGUGGAGAAGAGCCUGCAAUUGGAGCCUGUAGAACCUGAAGUAGAAUUUCGUAGUCAACUAAUGGAGUUGGACAUGAAGUCUGUCCGCAUCUUUAGGCUUUCACGCAAACAUAAAGAAAUUCAAAUUCUCGAGGAAAUUGUGAUUCCCGCCAAGGCGCCUGCAGCCGAGCAUAAAAUGGAUGAAAGUCAAUUGGAACAGUCAGUAGAGACAUCUACAGCAGUGAUUACCCCAAUUAAAUCUGGCUUGGAGCAUUCGACAAUGACACCAAAGAGUUCGCCUCAGCUUUCUUUAGAGAUAUCACAGCAGGAGCAGGAAUCGAAGGAUAACAUACAGGUCAAAGAGACAACACAAAGUAUAUUGGACUCUGAUUCGGAUGACGAUGUCAUGGUGUUGGAUGACACAAAUGUGGAUGACUCUGAUUCAGAUGUUCAAGCGGUGCCAUUGAAGGAUACGUCAAUGAAGGAUACGUCAUUGGACAUCAUUAAAGAUAUGCUACAAAAUGCAGCCCCUUUGGAAAAUUUACCCAAUGUGGGUGAAACGAUAAUCUUUAAGCUGCCCAAGGUGAAGGGGGCACAGGCGCCAACAGCGUUUACGGAUAAUAUCGCGGGCACCUGCUCCUACAUUAAUCGUCGUACGAAAUCCAUCACAAUUGCUGUAAUCGCAUAUUCCGAUAAUUUUGCUGAUGUACUACAACAGUAUUCCAGCCGUUUGGAUGAUACUACAGAUUCCGCCCCCAUUUUAAGUGUUAACUUCAGAGAUUUGAUUCAGGCCAAGGUAAUUGUGACCUCUGUCGACUAAGCAGGGAUUGCAAAGCUCAAAACAUUUGAUUGUAUUUGUGUUUUAUGUUUCCAUAAUUUGUUAAUAUAAACGUUCAUCAAAUAACAUAAAUGUGAGUUUAAAAUUCA